CGCAGGCGCGGUACGAGGCAGGAGCAGCCAUGCCGAUGAAAGGUCGGUUCCCGGUUCGCCGGACACUCGAGUUCUUGCGGAGCGGGGCGGUGGUGUUCAAGAACUCCGUUAAGAUCCUGACAGUGAAUUACAAUACGCACGGGGAGCGAAGCGACGGAGCAAGAAAGUUUGUUUUCUUCAACGUGCCUCAGAUCCAGUACCAGAAUCCCUGGGUUCAAAUUGUUAUGUUCAAAAACCUGACACCAUCACCAUUUCUAAGAUUUUAUUUAGAUGAUGGUGAACAGGUCUUGGUUGAUGUAGAAGGAAAGAACCACAAAGAAAUUGUUGAACAUGUGAAGACAAUCCUGGGAAAGAGCCGAGAGUUACUGGAAGCGGAUGAGCAAGCGCAGAAAGAGCAUUCACACCCUGCACACUUUGGGCCCAAGAAGUACUGCCUGCGAGAAUGCAUAUGUCAAGUGGAAGGGCAGGUUCCCUGCCCAGGUCUGAUGCCUUUACCCAAGGAAAUGACUGGGAAGUAUCGGACUGCCCUGCGAGCAGGGUCUGCUGUGUAAAUAAAGCUUUCAUCAAGAAUUCA